GCCGUAGCCGCUCCGCUCUUUCUCUCGGGUCCACGUUGGCUGCGCAUGCGUACUGGCGCUGCUUACUCACCUGCCGCUUGAGUGAGGGGCAGCCCGCCGAGGACAGGGGGGGAGGCGGCGAGGAGUGGAGUAAAGAGAAGCGGUGUCAGGGGCCAUUACACCCUUGCCCCCUUCACGCACUACUUUGAGGUGCCGGCCAUAAGGUAACGCUGGAGAUAAAAGUCGUUACCGCCUCGUUUCCCCCUCCCUCGUCGGAAAGAGAGAGUGACCGUCUGUCCGUGAGAGACUUUCGCCCAGCCGCCUCCCUUUCUCUUUACCUCGCUCGGCCGUUCUUCUUGCGCUGUCAUGUUCAAGAAACUGAAGCAGAAAAUCAGCGAGGAGCAAACAUCGCCGGCACCGCGGAGCCCUGGCGGUCGCGUCCCGAGCCUGCCGCAGGGACCUUCUACAUCUUCACCAUCAGUUACCAGGAGUAGAACAUCUUCACUUGUAGAGCAAAACGAUGAAGACACUUUAACGCCCAACAGAGAGCUGCUAGCUGGGAUGAUAUCAGAGCCUGCUUUUCUUUCUGAGUAUACUGUCUUUGCUUUGGAUCCUACCAAACAACCUAAACCACAGAGUGGGAGUGUGAAUGUAUCUAAGGAAGUAAUGCCUAGCAUUAACAAUAAUGAAAGUGAAUCAUCUUCACAGCCUAGCGAUGUCCAGUCAUUUGCACAGAAGCUCCAAAUUCGAGUUCCUUCAAUGGAAUCAUUGUUUCGAAGUCCCUUAAAAGACUCUUUGUUCCGCUCCUCUUCUAAAGAGUCUUUAGUACGGACUUCUUCAAGAGAUUCACUGAACAAACUGGACCUUGAUUCUCCUGGUCCCACAUUCGAUCCACCAUCUGAUGUUGAAAGUGAAGCAGAAGAAUUGCCUGGAAAUGUGGAUAGCCUUCCCAAGGAACAGUUGUUGCAACGAUUACGUAGGAUGGAACGAAGUUUAGGUAGCUACAGAGGAAAAUACUCAGAGCUGGUCACUGCCUAUAAAGCUGUGCAAAGAGAAAAGAAAAAGCUACAGGGAAUAUUGAGCCAGAGUCAGGAUAAAGCACUUCGCAGAAUUGGUGAACUACGGGAGGAACUCCAGAUGGAUCAACAGGCCAAAAAACAUCUUCAGGAAGAGUUUGAUGCAUCAUUAGAAGAGAAGGAUCAACUCAUCAGUGUCCUGCAUACUCAGGUAUCAUUACUGAAACAACGAAUGCAGAAUGGCCAAAUAAGUAUUGAAUUACCUGAUCCAAAUAUUCAGACUCAACCACAAGUUCAGAGUCCAACAAAAGAUAUAAAUACAGAGAAUGCUCUGCAACCAGGGAGUCCUGGUGGUGAUGGGGAUUCUGCUAAAACACUAGAAACUCUAACUCAGCGUGUGAAACGUCAAGAGAACUUGCUCCAUCGAUGUAAAGAAACAAUACACUCACAUAAAGAGCGCUCAGUGCAGUUAACCAAUGAGAAAGAGGCGCUGCAGGAACAACUGGAUGAGAGACUUCAGGAACUAGAGAAAAUAAAGGAUCUUCAUAUGGCAGAGAAGACCAAACUCAUUACUCAGUUACGUGAUGCCAAGAACUUGAUAGAACAGCUAGAGCAAGAUAAAGGCAUGGUAAUAGCAGAAACAAAACGGCAAAUGCAUGAAACACUGGAAAUGAAGGAAGAAGAAAUUGCCCAGUUGCGUGCUCGUAUCAAGCAGGUUCUUAUGCAAAGUGAAGAGUUAAAAGAACAGAAGGAAAAGUCUGAAAAAGCUGCAUUUGAAGAGCUUGAGAAGGCUCUCAGUGCAGCCCAGAGGACUGAAGAAGCACGCAAGAAAUUGCAAGCAGAAAUGGAUGAAAAGAUCAAGGCUGUAGAAAAAGCAAGUGAGGAAGAGCGUGUGAGUCUUCAACAGGAAUUAACAAGGGUGAAGCAAGAGGUGGUUAAUAUUAUGAAGAAAUCUUCAGAAGAACGAGUUACAGAACUGGAAAAGUUGCAUAAAAAGGAAUUGGCUAACAAAGAACAGAUAUUAAAUGACAGAUUACAGACUCAAGACCAGGCGCUCCAGGAACAAAUGAAAACUGCUCUUGAGAAGUGCCAGAGUGAACAUCUACAGAUCAUGCAAGAAAAAGAACAACAGGAAUCAUUAGCCUUAGAAGAAUUGGAAUUGCAGAAAAAAGCAAUUCAGUUGGAUUGCGACAAAAAACUAGAAGACAUGCAGCAAGAAGUAGAAACCUUCAAAACUAGAAUUCUUGAAUUGGAAAGUUCCCUUGCAAAGUGUUCACAGAAUGACAGAAACCAGUUGGAGGACCUCAUUGCUCAAAUAGAAUCAGAACAAAACAAGCACAAUAAAGAAAUCACUGACAUGGUUGAAAAACAUAGAGAAGAGCUUGAGGAUGUGAAACGGCAAGAACAACAAAUCUGGACAGAAAAACUAGAUAUAUUAACACUACAGCAGCGGUCAGAAAUUGAUAAAUUGAAAAUGCAGAAUGAAGAAGUGGCUAAAGUAUUGAAAGAGAAAGAGACACUGUUUCAUGCCCAUAUAGAAGAGAUGAAUGAAAAAACUUUAGAAAAGCUUGAUGUGAAACAAACUGAGCUAGAAGCUCUCUCUUCUGAGUUAUCAGACACACUAAAAAUUCGUCAGGAACUUGAACGGUGUCUGUCAACAUUAAAAGAUGAUGCUGAUAAAGCAAAGCAAGAGUUUGAGGCAAAGCUGGAGCAAGAAAAGAACCAUUAUAAGGAACAAGUUGAAACAAUCUUUAAAGACAAGGAAGUAACAGAGAAAACAUUUGAAGGAGAAAUUAGUCGACUCAAGCUACUUUUGGAAGCGAAAGAGAAAUUCCAAGAGGAAUUGGAAGAGCAAUUGAAAACCCUGAAGGAAUCUCUAGUAAAGGCUGAAACUGAAUGUAAAGAGAAGUCUGCCAAACUAGAUAGCCUUUGUCAGUCCAGGGAGAACAAUGACAGGGAACAGGCAAGCAUUUGUGAACAGAAGUUAACAGAUGCUCUGCAAAAGCUGACAGGUGUUAAAGCUGAAAAAUCACAUCUUGAUGAGCAGUUUGUAAAAACUGAAACCCAACUGAACGAAGUCAGAACUGAGUUAGAGUCUCAGAUAUCCCAGGUACAUGAUCUAAAAUGUGAACUUGAGAAGCAAAAGAGAGAAAAUAUUCAGAAAGUCUCUUUUUUGACAGAACAGUAUGAAUCACAGUUAAGAGAUCUUAGAGAAGAGGUCAGUCAGACAAAGAGUCAUUUUACUGAUAAGGAAAAUGAGCUUGAACAAUCCGAAGGGCUCUUGAAUCAACAAAUUGACAAACUUGGACAGCAGCUAUCAGCCAAAGAGGAAGAAAUAAGUGCUGUAAAACGUGAAUAUGAAAUCAAAUUAAAACAACAAGAGACACAAAUGGAGAAAGUUAAAACAAAAACAAAGGAAAUGCAGGAGAGAUUCAAGAAGAAACUUUCAGAGCAGGAAGCAAAACUGAAAAAGGAAAUGGAAAACAAACAGUUGGAAUUUAGUCAGAAAGAGAAGCAAUUCAAUUCAAAAAUGCUGGAAAUGGCUCAUGCCAGUUCAGCUGGAAUCAAUGAUGCUGUGUCAAAACUGGAGAUGAGUCAGAAGGAGCAACUAGAAAGUCUGGUUGAAACUCACAAACGAGAACUAGAAGAAGUUGUCCAAACCUGGGACAAGAAGCUCAGUCAGCUGGCUGAAGAACUUCAGGAAAAGCAUGAAAUGGAGCUACAAGAAAAAGAACAGGAAGUAGGAGAUCUGAAACAGAAACUGAUCAUUAUUAGUGCUGAAAGCGAGGACAAAAAUGCAAAUGUUACCCGGUUAAAGGAUGAACAGGCAAAGAGGGACAAAUCCUUGAAUGAGCUGCAGGGACAGCUACAGCAAAAAUUGGCUCAAGUGAAUAUUUUGACACAAAGAGAAACUGACCUGAAAAUGCAACUUGAAAAACUAGAGGUUGACCUUAGUUUGUCUCUGAAGGAAAAGGUAGCAGUUCAGGAGCAGCUUAGUGAAAUAAAAGCAGUAGGAGAAAAAGAGAAGAAUAAAGUUAGUGAGCUGGCAGAUAGAUUGAAAACAGCAGAUGAACAGCUCAAUGCUCUAAAAUUGUCACAUUUUAAGGAGUGUGAGGGUUAUGAGAAAAAACUGGAGGUCCAAUAUUUGGAGCUUCAACAAAAAAAAGCAGAAUUUGAGACGUUUGAAAAGGACAUAGCUAUACAAAUAGAGGAUUACCAGCAGAGAACAGAAACUUUACUAGAAACAAAACUCACUGAACUCUUUGAGAAAUGCAAUGAAAAAAUUUCUUUGGCAAUUUCUAGAGUUGUAUACUGUCAUCAUUGCACAACAAAAAUUAAAGAAGCAAUAUUAAUUAAAACCUGUAAAAUUCCUAACCUAGAAGCUCAACUUAAACAAAUAACAGAGAGUCAUGAUACUUUAACAAGCUGUUUACAUGCAUCAAAACAAUACUUGCAAGAAAAGGAAAACUUAGUAACUUCUAUGAAAGUGGAUAUUGAAAGACUUGUAACAGAAAAAGAGCAACUGCAAAAAGAAGGAGGACACCAGCAGGAAGCAGCAACAGAGAAGGAAACUUGCAUCACACAGUUGAAGAAAGAAUUAUCUGAGCAUAUUAAUGUUGUCACUUCCAUGAGGGAGGAGCUAAAUGAGAAGAAUUCGGAGAUCAAUGACUUCAACAAGCUUGUCAGUGAAUUAAAUCUGAAGCUUGAAAUCAGCAAAUCGGAAAAAGAUGCUGCCACAACUUUGUUAAACAAGCAGCACAAAGAAAAUCAACUUCAGUUGUUGAAUGAGGUGCAAGAGUUGUCUUCCAGAGUUGAAACACUGAGUCAAGAAAAAGCAGCUGCUCUUGAACAGGUAGACCACUGGAUGAACAAGAUGUCAGAGUGGAAGAAGAAAGCCCAGUCAAGGUUUACGCAAAAUCAUAAUACCAUUAAGGAGCUGCAAAACAAAGUUGAACUGAGUAAUAACCAAACUAGUGAAAAAGAAGAGGAAUUGAAUAAAAUGAAGGAAGAGUGUGAUAAACAAACCAAACACGUAGAACAUUUGAAAGGCUUACUGGAACAAAAGCAGAUCAGAAGAGAAAAACAAGAGUCUGAUUUGGUUGCUGAGUUAAAAAUCCAUAUAGCAAGAAUUGCUGAGCUAGAAGAACACAUUGCUCGGAAAACAGCAGAAAAUGAUUCCUUAAUGGAUGAACUCAAAAGGCACAAUGAGCAGGAAAGUGAGCAAAAAAAGCUGGCACAAGAACUUGAACAGACUCAGGUAGCAGUUGUGGAAAAGGAUAAUAGGCUUAAGGAGAUGGAACAAAAAGUAUUAGUUUUUGAAAAGAAAAUGCAGAUGAUGGAAGUUGACCUUGGGGAAAAAUCAAAAGAAUAUGAAGAAACAAAAAUGGCUGUAAUCAAAAGCAAAGAGGAAGAAUUAAAGGGUUUAGAAGAGAGGCUUACUUCAGAAGCCAGUGUUAAAAUAGCAGACCUGAAAAAAAAGGCUGAACAAAAAAUUGCUUCUAUUAGGAAGCAAUUGACAGCUCAAAUGGAAGAAAAGGAACAGCAAUAUAGACAAGACAUGGAAAAACAGUUAAAGCAAAAAUUGCAAGAGAGAGAAAACAAGAUUAUGUCUUUAGAAGAAAAAGUUAGAUCGGUCAAUUUGGACUUAGAAAAGGAGAUGAUACAGAAGGCAGAAACCAUAAAAGUUUCUACAGAACAAGACAAACUGUAUGCAUUAGAGAACAUGCAACAGAUGUAUGAAUUGAAAAUUGAUGCUUUACAAAAAGAUUUAUUGGAAAAGGAGUCAUUAAUAAAGAUGUAUGAUGAGGAACAAAAAUCAAGUAAUGUUUUAAAGCUAGAGGCUCAGAAUCAACAAGAAGAACUCGUUAAAAAGGAGCAAAAAGAUUGCAUGCUCAUUGAAAACCUUCAACAAGAACUUGAGGACCAAAUUAAGAAACAUGCAUCAUUGCUUGAGCAACAUACAAAGAAAGAUGGUGACUUAACAACUAUCCGAGAAGAAUUUAAAACCAAAGAGCAAACUAUGGAGGGUGUGAUUAAAGACUUGCAGGAAAAGCUGCAAGAAAAGGAGAGAGAAAGGCAGUCUUUGCAACAAAAGAUACACAGUCUUGAUGAGGCUUUAACAAAAGAGAGAGAAUUGCACGAAACUGAGAUGAGAGAUACUGUUUCAAAACAAGAUGAAAAAUGGCAGGAACUCCAACAGCAGCUGGAUGAAAGAAAUGGUCUUAUAAAAGAUUUGAAAGAAAGUACAGAAGAAAAAAAUAGAUCAGUCUUUCAGCUUCAGAAACUGCUUGAUGAUCUGCAGAUCCAACAAAAAGAUUUGCAGGCUAAACUGGAAGAGACUGAGCGGGAGAAACAGAAACUUCACAGGGAUGUGAGUAAGCUACAGAAAGAUUUACGGACCUUGCGGAAGGAGCAUCAGCAAGAGCUAGAGAUAAUGAAGAAAGAAUUUUCAGAAGAAAUGGAACAAAAAAUAAAAUAUGAACUGGAGGACAUUGAAUUGAAGCACAACUCCACAUUAAAGCAGUUAAUGAGGGAAUUCAAUACCCAGCUGGCACAAAAGGACCAGGAAUUAGAAACAACCAUAAAAGAAACUAUCAGUAAAGCCCAGGAGGUUGAGUCUGAACUGAUAGAAAGUCACCAUGCAGAGAUAACUCAACUACAUAAAAAGAUGCUAGAAAAAGAUGAUGUCUUACAAAGGACGGUGAAAAAGUAUGAAGAAAUCCUUGAGACUCGAGAAGAAGAAAUGACAGAAAAAGUAAAUGAGCUGCAGAAACAACUGGAGAAAUUACAGGAGGAGUACAAACAAAGACUGGCAGAUGAAGAAAUCUGGAACAGUUCUGAAGUAACAAUAGCUGAACUUAAGGCCCAGCUAGCCCAGAAGACAACACUUGUCAGUGAGUCAAAGUUGAAAGAACAGGAAUUCAAAGAACAGAUUCAUACACUGCAAGACCGGCUGAAAAAUUAUGAGAAGAACAUAUAUGUCACAACAGUUGAUACGCCUUAUAGAGAUGGAAACCUCUGCCAUUCAGAUGUCUCUCUCUUUGGGGAACCAACAGAGUUUGAAUACUUGAGGAAGGUGUUAUUUGAGUACAUGAUGGGUCGUGAAACAAAGACAAUGGCAAAGGUUAUAACUACAGUGUUGAAAUUCCCUGCUGACCAAGCACAGAAAAUCCUAGAACGAGAAGAUGCACGGACAGUGUUUCCCUCACCUCGCAGUGGUAUCUUCUGAAUAAGCCAUCAAUCAAUGCUUUUAGUUAGCAUGCGGUCCUGGCUACGAUCGUCCUCUUGAAGAACUUGUGACACAUGCACUUUGUAACAGAUGACAUUGCUUUGAAAUAUGAUCACAUCUUCAUAUUAGCUCUUUGGAGAAUGAACUGGAGAAGUACUGUUAUUCAUUGUUCCAUGUGAAAUGAGCAAAACUGAGAACAGUGAUGGGCUGGGGGUUGGGGCCAUGAAUAUAGUUAAUCAUUUUCCUUGAGAAAAGAUUGUUUUAUCAGGUGAUGAAUGCUUAUCUUGGACACUGUUUUCUAUUUUUGUGUAGAAUUUUUUAAAGUCAAAAUAAAUUGAAAUGCUUUGCCUCACUGUAAUAUCUCGGUACAGUUCUCACAGGAUCUCUCUAAAUACAUAAUGGUUUGACUUCCCUAUUUAUUUUUGUUGGUUUUAUUGUCUCAAAUAAUUGUGCAAUACACUUUGGGUGGGUAGCAGGCUUUGGUGAUUUUUAUGGUAAGUUAAGCCACUGUUGACUUUUCCCCCUCCUCCCAAUUUGAUCUGUUGAUUGCUUGCUAAAGGACAUUUCUUUUAAGCAUUUGCUUUAUAAUUAAUCCAAAUUGCAGUACCUCAUUUGUUUAUUCCUAGCUUUUGUACUUAUAUUUUGUGGGGAAUAAAUUUACACUCCUGUAAAUUGUAAAUAGUUACUACUUACUUGUAUCAUAAGCUGAUCUCUGACUGUUGGCAGUGCUAAUCUUGCAGAGCU